CCACGGUCACCCCAGCGUGGUAUUAUCAUAGCACUUUUUGUUAGUGUGUCUGUUUAGUCUCCGCCCAUCUAGGGCCUCACUUCACUUUAGUAUAUCAGUACAGUGAUACACAGAUUUCAACAGAAAAAAAAAUACAGACUGCAGUGAAAACAUCGUCUCUGUCAUUAUACUCGAUGAAAUAUUUAUAAUAAUUAAUUAAACACGUCACUGCCCACUGUCAAACUACUGAAGACUCGUCACAGAUUGACGUGUUUGCCGUAGUAUCUCUGUGUCAAGAGACUCAUUCAUAUUUUCAAUGGAGGAGCUUCAUAUCCAUUGUCUGAAAUGUGUCAACCGCCGAUGUAUGAUAAGACCAGAGGCCAGCAUUUCCUGUGACCUCAUGGGUUGCCCUCUUGUGUGUGGGGCAGUAUUCCACUCAUGCAAACUGAAUGAACACCGCUUACUGUGUCCGUAUGAAAGAGUCCCGUGUUUGAACUUUGGAUUCGGAUGUCCGUUUACCCUUGCCAGGGCCAAAAUGGCACAGCACCUUGAAACAUGCCCUGCCAGUGUUGUGUGUUGCACCAUGGAAUGGAAUCGAUGGCCAGUAAGUUACACAGAUCGCAAGUCCUACGAGAACUUGAGUAAGGAGGUUUUUGAUGUGGAGCAGCUGGACAUGGCUUUGGCCCUCCAGGAUCAGCGAAUGUUGCUGGAGUCACUUAAAAUGGUGACCACUGUGACAAAAGCUCUGAAAGAGCAAAAUCAGGACAAUUCCAGUCCCCAGGAAUUGGACCCGGAAAAUGAGUUGAUUAAAAUGGACGUGGAACCAUAUGGUGAACCUUACACACCUUCAGUGGAAAACAGUACAAACUUUGCUGCCACUUUGGACAUUCUCCGUAGUGCAAAGAAUAUUGACUCAAUUGUGAACAAUCCCAAUGGUGUGGAACAAAAUGGAGCUUGCAACGGUGUCAGGAAUGGCGACGAAGACAUGAGGAACGACCCAACGAAAGAAAGUGACACUGAUUCCGAUUCCGAUCUGGGAGCGGUAGGUGGAGCUGACUGUCCUUUUCCAGUAGAUCCUGAAGACGAAGGAGAUGAUUGGUUGGAGACCAGUGGAUGCGGUGAAUCUUCCGAAGAAGAAGGAGACGUGAAUGGUGGGAUAGAACUAAAUGGACUUAGUAAUGAAGGGGAUGGUGAUAACCAGGUCAGACUUGAAAGGGUCAAUGGCUCUUCAAACAUUAGGCAGGUUUUACCUGAUCAUUCCAUUCCUAUUUUAGCACAAGAUCCAGAAAUGGCCCACUUGCCCCAACUACCUCUUCCUAUGCCCAUCCCUCUACCUAACCUGAUGCGCAACAAUGUUCUGCACCAUUUGCCUUUCAGAAUUGAGGACCGAUGGCUGGAACGCAAGUUGGACAGUCUCCAGGUACUCAGGGGAAUGAACUUGUUUACAAUCAACGGUCGAAGGACUCUGUUAUCUGACCACUAUUUUUUCAAAGCCAAGAUGGAGGACAAAGCGGUGGACACGUCAGACCUUGAGGUGGCAGAUGAUCCAAUGGGUCUCCACGGCGUUGACCUCAUCACUGCUGCCUUGCUCUUUUGUUUGGGGGACUCACCUGGAGGUAGGAGCAUCUCGGACAGCCGCUUUGUAGAUGGGUAUCGCAUUGACUUUGGCACACAGACCUUCUCCUUCCCUUCUGCAAUACUGGCUACCAGCACCAUGGUAGGUGACAUCGCCUCAGCAUCUGCCUGUGACCACGCCAGUCCACAACUCUCCAACCCCAGUCCAUUCCACACCCUCAGAUUAGACCUUGUUCUGGAAUGUGUUGCUCGCUAUCAGACCAAACAGCGCUCAAUGUUCACCUUUGUAUGCGGACAGUUGUUUCGCAGGGAUGAGUUUUCUUCCCAUUUUAAGAACGUCCAUGGGGACAUCCAUGCUGGACUUAAUGGUUGGAUGGAGCAAAGGUGCCCGUUGGCGUACUAUGGAUGCACCUACUCGCAAAGAAGGUUCUGCCCUUCGGUACAAGGUUUCAGAAUAAUCCAUGACCGUCACCUGGGCUCAUUUGGAGUGCUACCUGGGUUAGCAGCAUGUCCCAAUGAGCCUCUAUCCAGAACUGACACCUGCCAGUUUAGGUCCCACUGUGACCACCUUAGUGACCUGCCCUUUGAGUUACUGCAGCACAUUGCCAGCUUCCUGGACGGCUUUAGCCUGUGCCAACUCUCCAGAGUGUCUUGCACUAUGAGGGACGUGUGUGCCAGUCUUCUUCAAUCCCGUGGCAUGGUGGUCCUGCUCUGGGAUAAGACGAACCGAGCAGAUGGAACCUCAUCCUGGCAGAUUACAGACAAGGUGUGGCGGUUUAGUACAGCGUUUGACACUGUGAACGAGUGGAAGUUUGCUAACAUUUCCAGCAUGGCCGACCACCUCAAGACGUGCAAGUUUAACAUGAUAACAAGGAGGGAAGAAGCAAUCCCACUCCCAUGCAUGAGUUUCACAAGAGAACUUACUAAAGAGGGACGCUCACUACGUUCAGUGCUUAAACCAGUGAUAUAGACUGUAGUCAAAUGCUGAAGAAGAUUUCAUUUUAUAAUACGACAUGCCUUAUGUGUUUUGGUGAACAGCAACAUAAUCAUUAAAACAAGCCUCAACUUAAUAAACCACUUUUGAAAGUGAUGAAACAAUAUCUACCUGUUGUAUUUGGUAAUGGUUGUGCUGUCUUGUGUUUUUGAUACAUUAUAUUCAGUCUUUUUUUUACAAAUUCAUUGCUUUUGUUGAGAUAUGUAGCUUCAAACCAGAAACACUGAAUUGUUAAAUGGUGAUGACCAAAUGGAAAACCAUCGUCUGCAUUUUUGUAAAUCAAGAAUAGAGGAUUCAAGUGCUUCUAUAAUGUAGAUCAGUGAUUCUCAACUGGUUUUUAUUUUGGACCCAAAUUUACGUUGUACAUGAUAUGGUGACUGUACAUAAUAUCGGGUAUAACCCAUAUUUACUGUUGCCUUGUUCAUGUUUUCUUUUACCUUGCAUAGUUUUUCUCCUUGAGGAUUAAUAUCAAGCAAACAGUCUUUUUUGGAAUUUCAUUUGACAGAUGAAUUUUUCCCCCUGCUGUCACAAAACAGAUCUGCAAACCACCAGUUGAGAACCACUGAUGUAGAUUUUAAUCUCCUGAUUUCUCUCUCGUAGAUUUGAAAGUCUACGACAGUCUUAGAUAUUUUUCCUUUUUAUCAGUCUAUCAGAACUAACUAACACAUAACAGUAAUUUCUCUAAGAAGCAUUUAUGGAGUUUUUAGCUGUGUAGUAUAUAGUACUUGACACUUCCAGUGGUCAUCCUUUGUCUUUUAAAACGUAAACAGAAACACAUGUUAAUGUGGUUGAUCUAUGUUGAUGGCAUGUGCUGAUUGACAAAUUACAUUUUACAAUCUUCCUGAUUGUGAGUCGUUGCACAAAACCUGCAGGACAGGUACAAGACUGCAGUUGUAGCCUGUCAUGAAUCUUUGGUUGCACACGGUGCAUCUGCAGAUGUACUUUUUUUGUCUCAGGGGUUUAACAUAAAACACAUGCCAUUAUAGACAGUUUAUCUGUGAGAAACUUGAUUUGAGCUUGUGAUUCUUCCACUUUUAUUUGUUAAAGUCGAGACAGAGUUUACUGUUCAGUUUUACUGUGUCUUUUCAGGUGUGCAGUUGCAAUGUUUCAGUUCAUUAACCUUUUUUUUAGGUUAAUCUGAGAUUUUUUUUAAGGAAUUAGUUGUGUGAUGUGCUUGUACUCUAUGUGCUUUCUACAAAUAUUGAGUAUGUUUCCUUAUAUUUGUGUUGAGUAAUGAAAAUUGAGCAUCAUUGUGAAACAUUGGAGUUUCUGAAUAAUACUUCUAGCAUCUUUGAAAACUGAAGAGUCAUAAAAUGCUUAUUUUUAAAGACUUUAUCAAAGUUGACAUCAGUUGUCGACGUGCACCAUGUUGUUUUUUUCUGGAAUUAUUUUUUCCCCCCAAAGGAACAAAAUGCAGUGUGGAAGCCAUUUUUUGGUUUUGAAGAAUUUUUUGAAUUAAUUUACAUAUAUUUACUUCCAGCCAUAUAUCAAUGAAUGAGGGGACUCAGGUAUUUAAAGAAGAGUUGUGGAAAAGGUUCUGUUGGUUUAUUUGAUUACUAUGUGGGGUUUCCAUUGUAUUUUUAAUUUUUAAAGUUCUUUUACAGUCAAUUUACUCAUCUCCAAACCCACUUUUGUAAUUCAGUUUUCAUAUUUGUGGUUUCACGUGAACUCCGCAUUAACCCCCCUUUUUCUAUUGUAAAAAAAUCAAACACUUUGUCCAUCUUGUUUAUUUACAGUUGUUUCACGUUUCAUCGUUUGUAUUUUUUAAAUAUUAUUUAAUAAAGUUUGAAGAAAUCCAGGUU